AAACACGAUGACAAUCGUUAGGCCGACUUCUCGGAUCAUUGAAGUAAUUGACUGUUUGUUGGGGCUGUCCCCUCCCCCCCCCCUCCUCUGGUUACCCCUUGUUAACACGCUUCCUAAGCUCUCACGCUAGCGCAAAAACAAAUAUGCAGCUCCCCGUGGGGGAGACUGAACGUGCACUCUUAAUCUUCGCACAAAAGUUAACAAAAGCAGGCCUGAAGCUGAAAUUGAACCGUCGGAUUCUAUUAGCUGUGAGCUAGCAUUAGCAAACGGGUUAUUUUUUAUACUGCAUAUUAGAAUAUAUUCAUGCACAAAAUCAACACAAGUUCCUUUCAUGUGGUGUUGUCGUGUUAUUACGUAGUGUGUGUAUAUAUAUAUGAUGUAUUUUAAAAAAUACAUCCGAAGUAUCGGUCUUCCGCAGCUUGUUGCACGCAGCCAUGUACCUGCUGUGCCUUUUUUUCGGAGUCAAGGCGGCAGUUUUAAGUAUUGGAAUGGGGGGGGCCGUCCACGCGCAAUACGUCUUAAUAGUACUACCGAGGCACUGAAAUCCGUGUUUUGUGUCCUCGCGUCUCGUGACAUGUUUUUGACCCGUUUGAUCAGAUGAGUCUUAACACAAUAAUCAUCUAAAAAAAAAUGACACUUUUUCUUUUUUCUUUGCACAAAAUUCCACAACAACCUUAUGCAUCACAAAGCCAAGAGGAACUAUACAUUUCAUGGUAUGACUGGUCAGAGAGAGUGAUUUUUUUUUUUUUUUUUUUGCUGUGUCAUCCCCUUAAAUUUACUACAAACUUUGGCAACAGCACCGAAGAGUCCCCUCUCCCCCCCUCGUCGACCCGAGUGCCGUGAAGCUGUCGUGAUGCACAAUGUGCAACCAUUUGCACCGUUUCCUUCCCUUUAUCUGCUCCGCGGGCUACCUUUGUGCUCUAAAUGAUGAUGUGCAGGUAAAGGAUUGCAGGAAGACAAUUGUGGAAACUCAAUGCAACGCAACCCCUCUGGAGCCGUUUCAAAGAAAGAAGCCUGAAAUCCUGAGAUAAAUGAUCCAUCUGGUGGAAUUUAGGCAAAUCAAAGUCUUGGACCGGGCUCAGUCUGUGUCUUUGAACCUGGCCUGCUGAAAUGAAAAAGGGAGCAUAAUUCAGGCCUGCAUUUCUGUUUCAUAUCCAGUCCAAUUUAAAAUAAAUAAAUAGAGUGCUUUCUGUAUCAUUUCCAGCAAUUUAAUGAAAAACAGACUCGAGUUUUGGGUUAUAUUUAGUUGUUUCUUUUCCAUCACUCUAAACAAGUAAUAACCACGGACUCUUCUCCGUCGCUUGUGUAUUUUGCAUUUUUCAUUUGAUACUUUGUUUACAACAACUUAAUCCUCAGGAUAUUUGGCGUUUGUGCGCUUCUGCUUCGCUGUGCAAAAAAAAAAAAAAAUCCAGCUCACCCGGAACAUUAAGAGUGUUUCAUCUUUCACCGAGAGAAACAUCAGAGCUUAGCUCCAGGUAUACUUUGGACCCCCUCGGCCUAAAGCCUCUCCCGUUACAUUUGAUCUGCAGUCAUGCUACGAGGAGAGUGCAUGCUCAACAAAGAGUAAGGGGAUGCUUAGGACCUUUCACGCCUGCAACGUCCCCCCCCCCCCCAUCUUUUGAACACCACACAACCUUGUUCCCGGCGUGGAUUCCCUACGCGGCGUCAGUGCCCGAGUCCUUUCAAAUGUUUGCAAUAAGUGAAGAUGAUUCAGGGUUUAAUGUGCGUGCGAGUGCUGCACGGUGAUAGGGAAACGGUGGCUUGAGUUGUCAGAGAGAAGCCUCGGGUCGGGUGUGUGUGUGUAAACCGGUGCUCAUAACUGGAAUUGUUUCUCGUGAUGUGUCGUCCCAAACGCCACGUGGCGUCACUGAUGUGUUCCUGCGUCUCGCCGUUCCAGAACCCCCCGAUGCAGUAGACGUCUAAAGCCGUGUUACAGUUAGACCUAGAACGUGCAUGAAAAAAGCCUUCCUGUUGUCACCUGUUCUUGAAAACCAAGUGUGUUCUCCUGUAUUCUUGUGACACUAAAAGAAUAAAACCUCAGACUGCAGCUAACAGAGGCUCCAGUGUGUCAAUUCCAAAGUAUUCACAUUUGGAGAAAUUCCAACAUACAAAUGUAUAAUAUGAGCCCGGAGAAAGGGCCAAUUAGGCAGUUACGCUGCACUUGACCUGCAGAGGGCGCGCUAACACCUCCUGUUCUUCAAUCCCCAUGGAAUGUUCAAAUAGCGACGUAGGUCGGAGAUGAUCCGCGGACAUACACAUGUAUGACACAUGUAUGAUGCAUGUAUGAUACAUGCAUCAUACAUGUGUCAUACAUGCACACAACGUCUUCAAAUACAAUCAAACGCAACCGCAGGAGCACUAUUUAACAAGCCGCGAUCAGGAAUGAGGAAAUGGUCCCUGUGCGUUGGACAGAUGGAAGAAAUAUGCACAUUUAUGAUGUCUGAAAGCUUGUAUUCCAUUUAUGAGAUGAACCAUCUUUGAGUCGUGCGCGGCGGCGCCCCCGCGCGGCCACGGGAGGGACGGUCACACGCGUGACUGGCACGCAUUGCCAAGGGCGUGCAAGAGUUGAUGAGGAGCGACUCGAGCUGCGGAGGAAGCCCCGCGGCGCUGCGUCCCGUUCUUCUCCUCCUCCUCCUCCUCCUCCUCCUCCUCCUCCUCCUCCUCCUCCUCCUCCUCACGCGCACCUCGCUCUGCUUUGCCCCGCGGAUGCACGCUGGCACCACGGCCCCGGCGCGCGGAAAGUUCACCUCCAAGUGCGUGCCCCCAGCUGGCUGUUUAAAGGGAAGACAAGAACGCUGAGUCAAUCGGCGGUGCUGCGUGCGUGCGUGCGUGUGUGCGCAGCCACACACACACACACACACACACACAUCGGAGGGACUCCGCGGGAAUGAAGCCGGAGGAGCGUGGGUCUCGGACGUGAAGGGGACGCGGAGCGGAGAGAAACAGCGGGGACCGCGCGCACACAGACAUGCAUCGGCUUCUGCAGCGGAGGAGCGUGCGCCGGCUGCGGGUCGUCUGGGCUUCCCUCGCCCUGGUGGCGCUCUCCCUGGCGGCGUGCAGCGCGCUCUUCACGGCGUGGACCUGGCGGCAGACGCGCGACCUGUCGCAGUCCUUCAGGAUGCUGCAGGACCGCGUGGAGCAGGUCAAUACCCAGAGGAAGGCCAUUGUUCAGCUCAUCCUGGAGAAGAGAGAGCUGCUGGUGGGACAGCGAGUGAAGAGAGACGGGGGGGCGCCGCGAGGGAGGAAUGGGAACGGAAAGAAAGCGGCGUCUCAUUUCGAGAUAACCAAAGUCUCCUCUCAGCAAGGUAAGGCUCAUAAAAAUGAGGGCUGGAGAGAUCCCUGUGAGGUUUUCGUCUGUGAGGUGAUUCACCGUGUGUGUGUGCGCGUGUGUGUGUGUGUGUGUGUCAGUGGAGAGGGAGGUGUGAUAAAGGGCUGGGAGGAGAGGACGUUGAAUAUGAGUAAAGCGGUGAGGUACAACAAGGAGGAAGGCACCUUCACCGUGGAGAAGGCGGGCGUCUACUUCCUGUUCUGCCAGGUGUUGUUCAACGAGCAGCAGUCCCAGUACGUGAAGCUGGACGUGGUGACGAGGGGCCUGAGGCCCCAGAAGCUGCAGUGCCUGGAGGGCUACGGGACGACCCCCUCCGCCGGCCCCCACCGCUUCCACUUCCUGAAGCCCUGCCAGGUGUCCGGCCUGCUGCGGCUGGACCGCGGCGCCGAGCUGCAGGCCGUCACGGGCUCCGCCUUCCGGCUGCACACCCUGGGCGACCCCGCGGCCUCGCUGCACGUCUUCAGCAUCUUCAAGGUCAACUGAGGGGGGGGCGACCCGGACGCCAGAUCUUCUUCGUCUUCUGCCCCCCCCCCCUGAAAAAAUGGUCAAAACGAAAAAAUGACCUUGAUAUGAAAGACGACCCGGACAUUCGUGGAAGUUGUGGAAUUCAUUUUUUAUUUUUGUUACCCCGAGGUGCUGUUUUUCGGCAACGCACAGACACUCCCGUUGCCCCCCCCUUGCCCCCCCCCCCCCCCCCGGGCCUGCGCCCGUCUUUAAUGCGGCCAAAGCACCUUCCACUCUCUCUCUCUCUCUAUACACCACCCCCCCCCCCCGGGUGCCUCCAGGAGCCGAGAGCACCCCCUCGACACUAUAACGCCGGUUGUCGACACUAUUUUAUACGUGUGUGAAUCAUAUGAUCGAUGUGUGUGUGUGUGUGUGAAGUCUUUUUUUUUUUUUUUGUAACAUUUUGUAUUGCGCUUCGCACAUAUUUUACCUUUCUGAAAUUUCAAACGACGGCGAAAGAUGUGAAUCUUUUUCUAAAAAGGUUGAUUUUUGAGUGCGGGGGUUAUGGGCUCUACUUUGCUCAGCAAGGUUCAAAGGUUAAAAUAUAGCUUUGCCUCUGUUCCCACAUUACGACGCCUUUAUCCAAAGCGACUCACAAUAAGUGCAUUAAGUGCAAAAGUGACGUUAAAUAUUACACUGUUUUUGUAUUGGAAAACAAGAUCAUUGAGCAUGUUGGUCCUCUGAUCACCAUGACAACGUCAACGUGCGUACGUUUCCGCAGGUAUAAUGUUUACAAUGUUUGCCGCCUUAUGUUAGCAUGUUAGCUUUGCCCGUUAGCACUUUGGCCUGUAGGUGACUCUUAAUUGAAUAGUUUCCUAAAGAAGGGAACAAAAAACGGCUCAUAAACACAAUUACUUUUCAUUUAUAAGGGUCGUAAACAUUUCGAUGACCUGGCAGACAACGGGAGGAACGAGGCUUAAAGUCCAAAUGAAACCCGAUCCUCAUGGAAUGAGGCGCCUUCUUCACUUUUCAAAAUUCCUUCCAUUUUCCUCGCGUGCCGCUGCUUUCUGUGAUAUUCCCCCGCUACAACGCAAACAGGGUGUAUUUCCGGCAGCGGGUUCAGAACUCCCACUCUUGUUUAUAAGUAGUUUUUUGUGGACGAAACCGCACCGGGUUCCUCCUCAGCACUUUACUGCAGCGAGCGAGGCGUCCAUGUUUUAUAUAUCGGGGGAAAAAAAAUGGCCGAUUUUGAAACCUCGGCGUUAUCGUCAUGUGCGAUUUCCUCACUGUUUUUUCUCUUCUUCCUCUUUGUGUGUCUCUCAGCCUCCACUACCACAAUCAGCCCCCCCACCCCCCCCCCCACCCCCCCGCCGCCUCCUGCACCUCAUGUUUCCCUGUCAGCACCACCCAGUAACACACAUACAUGCACACACACACACACACACACACACUCGAGCAGCCAGCUCUGCUUUCACUUCCUAAAAAGUCACACACACACACUUUCUGCUGAAAUUCCUAUUUUUCUAUAUGUCAAAGUUCUUCAUCACAUCUCGUGGAGUCUUGUGAAGACGUUUUUAUGCAAUGUCGGGGCUUUUUUUGAUUUUUUUUUUUUUCCAUCAUAACUGUUGAAUGAACUUUUUGUGUUCCUUCAAACUUUGAUACAUGAAAAACAGCUUGUGUGCCUCCAAAAAAAAAGAAAGAAAAAGAAGUGAGCAAAUGUUGAUUGGAUGGGUUUUUAUAAUAAAUUUAGAGCUGAUUUAAAGCGGA